AUGAAAGCUUCAACGUCAAUCAGGACAGCUCUGUUGGCAACAGUAGCAACCAGAGCAGCAGCAGACUGUUCGACUGCCGGUAUCCAGGCCUUGCUUCCCUCUAUUGCUACCGUGGACUUUGUGCUAUGGCAAGCCGGAGGUUCAACUUUCUCGGUCCCUGCGGGAGACAUCGCGUAUCCGAGAUCGCCCACUAAUAUGACGGCUCAUUGCGCCGUUCAGAUCCGCGUCCGAAAUGGGACUUCAAAUUAUGGCUUUGGCAUGUUCUUGCCUGAUGACUGGAAUGGAAGAUUCUUGUAUGACCACCUCUUUGUCUCUGAUUGGGAAUGUCGUCAGGCUGAUAGAGAUGUCCAGNNGGCUGUAGGAAAUGGCGGCUACGCCGGCGGCAUCAACUGGCUGGACAUGGUAGGUCCAAGCAUGCCCUCUCUCGUGUGCAUGUUGCUGAUCAAACAUCAGGGCAGUGGAUUAGGAUAUGGUUUCGCGGUCAUGUCGACAGAUACUGGACACAACAGCACCGCCUUCGACGGCACAUGGGCAUAUGGACAACAAGACAAGCUCAAAGAUUGGGGCUACCGGGCCAUGCACGGAUCGACUGUGCUGGGUAAGCAAUUGACCCAAAGCUACUACGGCUACAAGCCAAAGUAUAGUUACUACAGAGGCUGCUCGACUGGCGGACGUCAAGGCCUUCGUGACAUCCAGCUAUACCCCGAGGACUUUGAUGGUGUUAUUGCUGGAGCUCCUGCUUGGUACCUGACUCACAUGUCGCCAUUUACACUCAAGGCAGGUACUUACAACCUCCCUGUCAACGCAUCGACCCAUAUCCCAAACAACCUGUUUCCCGUUAUCAAUGCCGAAGUCAUUCGACAAUGCGACGGCCUUGAUGGUGUCAAAGACGGCAUCCUCUCGGACCCUCAAGCUUGCAACUUUGACAUCGAUGCUCUGCUCUGCACGCCAAGAUCCAACCAAUCUGCAUGCUUGACUGCACCUCAGCUCACCACCCUCUUCAAAAUAUACUCUGACUAUGUUGAGACGAAUGACACCUGGGUAUUUCCCCACUACUGGAAGGGUAGCGAGCUUGGCUGGCCUCUUAUCUUUGGUGCUCCUCCAGGAGGUCUGGGUGUGGACUACGUAACCUCGUUCAUGCAGUACGGUCCGAAUUGGAAGUGGCAAGAUUAUGACUUCAGCGUCGUCCAGAACGCUGAGAGGAUCCGUCCUGGUAACGCAACCGCAGACGACUUUGACUUAUCUCCUUUUAUGAAGAACGGCGGCAAGUUGCUAAUCUACCAUGGAAUGGCUGAUCAAUUGAUCCCCACCGGCAGCAGUUUGUACCUGUACUCCCAAAUCCUGCGUGAACUUGCACCCCGAGGGAUCGAGCUGGACGACUUCUUCCGCUUCUUCCUAGUUCCUGGUAUNGGGGUAAGUGCUUUUCUUUCCGUUGCUUCCAUAUAA